AUGGACGCGCCCAUGAGCGACACCAUGAACAACCUGAUCGAGCAUCCUGCAAAGCGAGCGCGCCUCUCAUAUAUAUCUGGCUCGCCUGAGGAGGUCGGAGAAGCGUCGGAGGAGUGGGAUCUACACGCGGCGCGCGCCCAGAAUGACCUCCGACUGAAAUCGAUCUUCGAGGGGAUUUUCUCAAAAUACGGCAAUGACUUCUCAGAAGUGGGUGAUGAGAUUGACCUGGAAACGGGAGAGAUAGUGGUCAACAAUGGCCACUUGCAGGGCCUGCAUGACGAGGCUGACGCAGGGAACGAAGAACAAGCCUGGCUCCUCGAGACAGACCCUGCCACUUCAGAAGACGAAGUGCAGGAUGGAGACGAGGAGCUGGUCGGGGCCCAGGGUGCUGCUUCGGGGCGCAAUUCACAAAGGGAGCUAUUGGGUUCUGGCACCGACGGAGAUGCAAAUGUUUCCCUUUGCGACGCUGCGCUGACGUCCUUAGAACCUGGGCCUGGAAUCCCAGGAUCCAGCCGGUCGGUGUUCGGAGAACCUUCAUCUGCACCGCACCAUAUUGAGAAGGACCCCGGCCCAAAAGACCCCGUUUGGCAAGCCCCUGACCUGCCACCGCUAUUCUCGACGCCCAAGGUCCAAAGACGCACCGACCUAUCCCCGCAGCUUCCAAAUCUCCACCGGGAAUUAUCUCCACCUGGCUCGGGGUCGUUAUGGACAGUUCCGCGUAGGGGUCGACCGCGAAAAAGUCAAGAUGGAACAGCCAGGACGACCCCAACGCCGAGUAAACGCCGGCCCCGGGCGAAGCGUAAGGCUCAGUCAAGCCCUGUCUCACGAGACUGGUCCUUUGCCAAAGUAGCCGAUGGCAGCGAAUCGGACGAUCCGCUGCAGGAGAACUGGCCUUCGCUUAUGCCAUUCACACCGCAGAUGAAAGCCACGGAGAAGCGACGCUGCGGAGGCCCCGUUAAGCCCGUCGACGAUUCCGUCGAAGAUGCGGUAAUUAGCCGGGUUGGGGCUACUCCCCAAUCAUCGAUUCAAGCGGGCCGUACUAUGCACCGCCAAUCGGCUACGGAACCUAAACCUGAUUCUCGGGGCCACCACUCGGAACAAAGCCCUGCGCAAAGUGAUGUGGCAAUCGACUAUGAUAAUGUACAAAGCGAUUCAUCUCCACGGCUACCGCCUCACUCCCAAGCAGUGGCUGACUCGCCACUGACAAACACGCCGACCGGAUCUAAUGCCAGAAUAUCGCCCGACGAGGCGAGAUUGAUAGUCCGCAUGCGAUAUGUCCAGGGACGGAAAUGGAAAGAGAUUCUGGAUGCACUGCCGGGUCGCAAAAUGACGCAGAUCUAUCAGUGGAACCAGAUUCACUGGGUUAAUCGCCGUGUGAACCCGCCUGAACCUUCGCCUCCAUGGCUGCAGGCUGAGCUGGAGACCCUGGAAUCGCUGGCAGAUCGGUCAGGGCUCUCCUGGGUUGAGAUUAAGGCCCAGCUGCCGGGUCGCUCCCGGCCAGAGAUUGAAGUGGAAUUGCUCCGUAUCUGGGUCGGUGAGGAUGUUUGGGGCGGCGGACAGCGUGCUGCUGCAUCUGUUCAAAAUGAGGUAGAACAUGAGGCAAUUGGGCUUGAUACAGAUGACAGGGAGCGAAAUGGGUUGGAGACUUCUGCCAUGGCCGUCGAGGAGUCCACUGUUGAGGACCCCACGGCUGUAGAAGGAUCGGACAUGGAACUUCCUGCUCCAGGCGCGCAACGCCCUCUUCGUUUUGAGGAGCUAAUCAACGAUGAUGGUGAGAAUGACGAUGAUGCUGACGACGACGAGGUCAUACUCAUCAGUGGGGUGUCUUCGCCUUCCAAGCUGUCUGCCAUUCACCUGGAAAGCCCGGUUCCGAGUCGGCACGGCUCAGCAACUCUGAAAUCACCGACUAAGCUCCACAGCCUUAUAUGA